CGGACCAGCCCGAAAGUCAUUUCCAACCUCAAGUGGACUUGGUUCCAACUAUUGGGGGCGUCGCUCCCCCUCUUCAUGGUCGCGGGCAAACUUCGUCCUCGGCGCCGCUUCUAAUGGAGACCCACCUGCUCGGGCUGCUCUUCGGCCUCCUGCUCGGUGGCACCAGGGUCCUCGCCGGCUACCCAAUUUGGUGGUCCCUGGCCCUGGGCCAGCAGUACACAUCUCUGGGCUCACAGCCCUUGCUCUGUGGCUCCAUCCCAGGCCUGGUCCCCAAGCAACUGCGCUUCUGCCGCAAUUACAUCGAGAUCAUGCCCAGUGUGGCUGAGGGCGUGAAGCUGGGCAUCCAGGAGUGCCAGCACCAGUUCCGGGGCCGCCGCUGGAACUGCACCACCAUAGACGACAGUCUGGCCAUCUUCGGGCCUGUCCUCGACAAAGCCACCCGCGAGUCCGCCUUCGUGCACGCCAUCGCCUCUGCCGGCGUGGCCUUUGCGGUCACGCGCUCCUGCGCUGAGGGCACCUCCACCAUCUGCGGCUGCGACUCGCAUCAUAAGGGGCCGCCAGGCGAAGGCUGGAAGUGGGGCGGCUGCAGCGAGGACGCUGACUUCGGGGUGCUGGUGUCCCGGGAGUUCGCGGACGCGCGCGAGAACAGGCCGGAUGCACGCUCGGCCAUGAACAAGCACAACAACGAGGCGGGCCGCACGACCAUCCUGGACCACAUGCACCUCAAGUGCAAGUGCCACGGGCUGUCGGGCAGCUGUGAGGUGAAGACCUGCUGGUGGGCCCAGCCUGACUUCCGUGCCAUCGGCGACUUCCUCAAGGACAAGUACGACAGCGCUUCGGAGAUGGUGGUGGAGAAGCACCGUGAGUCCCGAGGCUGGGUGGAGACCCUCCGGGCCAAGUACGCACUCUUCAAGCCACCCACUGAGAGGGACCUGGUCUACUACGAGAACUCCCCUAACUUUUGUGAGCCCAACCCGGAGACGGGCUCCUUUGGCACGAGGGACCGGACUUGCAAUGUCACAUCCCACGGCAUUGAUGGCUGCGAUCUGCUCUGCUGUGGCCGUGGCCACAACACGAGGACGGAGAAGCGGAAGGAGAAAUGCCACUGCAUCUUCCACUGGUGCUGCUACGUCAGCUGCCAGGAGUGCAUACGCAUCUACGAUGUGCACACCUGCAAGUAGGGAGCCAGGGCGCUGGGAAGGGGUGCAGUGUGUGGCUGGGCGGAUUCACCGAAGUCCCACGGGAAGCAGGACCUAGAGCCGGGCUCAGCCCUCAGCAUCAGCCAGCAAGGACCACAGACUGUUGCCAGCCGCACGGGUGGUAAAUGACUGGGACCCAACUGCCCACUGACCAGGUCCUCCCUCUCUCUCAUCUUAUGUUUCUCACCCUACUCUGGAUGGUGUGUGGUUUUUAAAGAAGGGGGCUUUCUUUUUAGUUCUCUAGGGUCCAAAAGGAAUGGACCUGAGGCUUAUCUUUGCACAUGUUAAA